GUCUGGCGGAAACAUGCUUACUGAAAAUAUGUCAAUAUGAGUAGUAAUCAAUUUUGAAUUGUCAAGAAAAUCGUCAUCUACACAUUAGUAUUUCUAACAACUUUUUGGUUAAAUUUAAACCGAGAGCAUGGGUACGUGUUUGGAACGUUAUUUUUGCCCCAACAAGCCUGUCUGCAGCACAGGUAGAAGAGCCACUUUCUGCUAUCCUGGCGGUGGAACCUAUUCCGGCUAUUGGUCUUGCAACAAACACCAUGGCUGGGGCGUGAAGAAGACUGCGAAGCGAACUUUCCUGGACUUUUCGGGGAAAAAGACGCCCGAGGGGCAGCUCAUCUACGAGGGUCACUGGGUGAUGAACAAGCGGCAGGGAGUCGGAUCAAUGUUACGUAAGCGUGGCACGGAUGUGCAGCUGAUUUACUCGGGUAGAUGGUACGACGACAUGAAGUGCGGCGAGGGCAAGCAGUUCUAUGCCGAUGGGUGCGUCUACUUUGGCCAGUGGUUAAGAAACCGACGACAUGGUCUGGGCAUUCAGUGGUACUCGGAUGGUGGAAUCUAUGCGGGCGAGUGGGAGACUGAUUACCGACACGGCCUGGGGGUCAUGUUCUAUGCUAAUGGCAACCGCUAUGAAGGACACUUUGCACGGGGUUAUAAAAACGGUGAGGGUGUCUUCUAUCAUAUGCACACCGGUCAAAUUCAGAAAGGGAUGUGGGAGAACGAUAAUGUUAAGGUGUCAGUGAUGCAGGAUGAGCCCAAAAUGCGAUGCAAUACCGGAGUGACUCCAUAUCCGAUUCCAAGGAACUAUCUCAAGUAUCCAAACGAAAUAAUGCGGGAGUUGUUUCAAAAGUACAAAGUGGCUGGCGAGAAGCCUCAUCGCCGAUUCAAUGACCAAGUUAGCCUGGACUUUGUACAUCAUUACCGACAAUAUGCCUCAUUCGAAGAGCGUUUCGCCUCGCCGACAAUAGUGGAUCUCUAUCCCAACGGCAAGUUGGCCUGCACCUGUGACUGCGAGCAGAUUGCCAGGGCAGAGACCACUGUUAGUCAGAUAUAGUAAAGUCUAUAGUAUCAAAAGUGGGUUUAAUUUCAUGUCCCUUUGUCAGUUUUUGGGCAUUUUUGCUUCACUGUUGAAAAAGUGGCUACUUUGGAACUUUAAGCCGACAGAAUGAGGUUUUUCUCUAAUGGCCGCUAAAAUACCUGCGUAUCCCCAACCCCUCAACAAGACGGACUUGCCACGCCCAAGACGAACCAUCCACCCACCCACCCACCAACCCCAAAAACGGACACCCACGUUUUCUACUUAAUGAUAAAAGAAAGGACAUUAGCGGGCCUCGGCGCAUCUCCACGUUUCGAGCGUCUUUCAAGUGAAAAGCAAAGAAUUAAAAAAAAUUAACAAAAAAAAAGGUCGGAAAAGAAAAGCGAUGGUAGAAAAAGGAAGCAACAAAAAAUGGGGACGCGCACAAUGAAAGAAAAGAAAAAGAUUUCAGGACCACCUCCCAGUGCACCCACCACCUCCUCCUGCUAGCUCUCCUCCAUUUAUCAAGUUCCUUUUAUUUCGGUGCGCGGGCGUAGUUAAAAAUUAAUAAAUGAAAUUAAUGCCGGCGACACUUUGCAAGGCAUUGGCCAGUACGGAA